GCUAUUUCUACUACAUUCUUCUCAAACAUCAAACAUUCUCAAUCUACAUCCGCCAUCAUGAGUGACUUUACCGGACCAAACGAGUACAUUGUCGUCGCCAGACACGCCGACAAGAGACUUGAUCUGGAUGACGGCAAGAAGGAAGAUAAAACGAAGCUUCAGCUCUUCGAAAACAAAGACAAUGACCAAUACGGCCCAAACCAGCGAUUCGUUUUUGCCGAUGCUGGCAAUGAAGAAUAUUUUAUCUUCAACAUCCGGGCUGGCACCUACCUGACUGCUAGUUCUGAUGGCAAAUCUCAAAUCACCGGCAAUCUGCUCUCGCCGCUUGAGAAAAGCGUGCGCUGGAAGAUCGUCCCCGUCCGUGAUGGAAGCGGAUCAUACUACAUCUACAGCGUUGCGCAUCCAGAGAAUGUGAUUGAUAUCCAGGCCGCUGGAACCGAAAAUAGGACUGCGGCAAUUACUUACCCCAAGAAUGGACACAAGAACCAGCAGUUCUUCUUGAGAUAUCCUUAAACGGGUGUUUUCGUAUGAUCUGUUGAGACAAGCAGGCUAUGACAGGGAUGGAGAUCAUGCUUGAAUAUUGAGAUAGUCUAUGUCUUGGACCUUGUUCACUUAGCAUGCAGGAAUCCCAAUCUCUGUCUGAAUGACUUGAAUGUGUAUAUUGUCCUGUAGGCCUAUAAAAACCAGCAAGAUUUAGAUAGAUAGGCAAUCACAUAAACCUCCC